AUGAGGAAACCAGGAGGAAGAGCGAUACAGUAUGGAAGAAAAUGCGAGAUAACUGACACAGUUCAAUCAGUGUACAUGGAUGAGAGCGGAAGAGGUCGAGCAUUUGACACGGGGUACCAGGGUGGUGGAGUAGACAUUCUUUAUGAUGCCCGACUGAAUUUUCACGUACCAUUUGUCUCUUCCAGCUUAACGGCUGGGGUAGGACGAGGGUGGUUCGAGAGUUACAUCGGAAUCAGCCACCGGGAAAUGGAGAUUACGCAGGCCAACUCACAUGCAUGCCCUACUGUCUGGCUUAUUGGAUCGCAUGCUUUGAGCAGCUGGUUGGAGCUGGGAGAGAGCUCAAAAAAGGCCGUCAUAAAAGAGGUGUUCAUCAAAGAAAUCAGUGACCGUUCUUACAGGUGGUCCUUCCGUGCAAGAGUCACACACAAGAACAAGUUGAUACAUUUCAACACGAAAAGAUCUGGAUGCAUAAUGUCAUUUGACGUUGUCGAUGUCCAGGGAACAGAGAUUAGAAUUAUUGGCUCCGACGAUUGUGCCUUGGUUUUGUCAGAUAAGAUUGUACAGGGUACAGUGUAUUCAUUUUCUGGUAGUGGUGGAAUACGACGUUCCAAUCAGGCAUACACACCAUUUGAAGCGACAUGGGAGAUUCAGGCUAACAAAGGUAUGGAGUUUACAGCUUUGGAUGAGGAUGCAACGUUCCCAAGAAUUGUCUUGGCAAAAACAAGCAUAUUAAGUGCGUGUCAGAAGGAAAGGGACUCUUUUGUCGAUGUGGUUGGUAUCGUAAUAUGGAUUGGUACAAUUACAGUAACAUCUCGUGACAGUGGAACUUUUGUGAAGAAGAGAACAUUGUGUCUAGGUGAUGAUUCAGGCCACAGUGUUGAUCUAUGUCUCUGGGAUUUAAAAGCAGAAGAAGAGGGCUCAUAUAUACAGGAGCGGAUAGACAGUGGAGUUCAGCCAAUAAUAUGUGUCAAGGGUGGAAAAGUAUCGGACUACAAUGGUAAAUCACUUUCAGCAAUUGGUGUGAGCACCAUUCUUAUUGAACCGGAAAUGGAAGCAGUGGCUGAUUUGAGAGAAUGGAUGACAUUGUACUACAAUGUCACUAACUUCAUACAUUUGAGCACUUCAUCAUCCAGACAGACUGUUAGCUGCACCACUACUUUAUCAGAGAUAUCAAACAUGCAGUUAAAGGUGUUAGAGAGUUCCCCUAUCUAUAGAGUGAUAGCUACUGUGAAGGAAAUGAAGACAGAUGAGUUUUUACUAUAA